AUGGCGAAGAAGGGGACGUACAACGGUCCGUUCUUCAGCUCCUUCGCCACCCGCAUCCGCGGCACGCCCAUCCGCUUCGGGGUCCUCAUCGGCACGGAGCUCGACGAGGACGGCCAGCGCGACGCCCUCUUCGCGGCGGCCACGCCUCCCCAGCCUGGGGAGGACGGCGAGCCGGUGGAGGCGCCGAAGGACGUCGGCGCCCUGCUGAGGUCAAGCGCCGGAGACCUCCCGUUCGCGGAGUGGGCCACGCAGCACAUGGAGGCGGUGCGGAAGAUGCUGCCGGGGGGCCUCGAGCCCUGCGGCUGCUUCGCCGUGGCCGCCGAGGCCGCCGCGAAGGACCUCGCCCCGCACCUGGUGCCGGUGCUCAAGGGCAUCAAGGACCCGCUGGUGCUCACCAUCGACCCCGCGGCCCCCAAGCUGUGCUUCUGGCAGCACGCUGGCGGCGCCAAGCCCGCCCUGCGGCCCGCGCAGGUCAAGGCCGACUCCCACAGGGAGCCGCUGCUGGUGUGGGCGUCGUGGGCUCUGGACCUGGUGCUGCCCCGCGCCGCGGGCGCCGAGGUCUUCAACUUCCUGCACGGGCCUGACGAGGUGGACGGGGCCGACGAGGGGAAAGCGGCCACAGACACGGGCACCAUCGCAGAGCACCUCGCGGGCCACUGCUCCACGGUCUUCCGUGACAAGCCCGUGGACGAGGCUCGGCGGAACCUCGGGCCGCUCAACGCCCACGUGCUCUGGGAGGUUGGGAGACAACACGAGGCGGGGAUGAUCCCGGGAGAUGCGGCCCACGGCGCGUUCAACGAGGCACCUUUGCGAGGCGGCGCCCCGCAGCGGCUGCUCGUCGGGGGCCAGACGGGGGUGCAGCCGCUGGCCAAGGCCCUCGCGGCGCGCGCGGGGGCGCUGCCAGAGGGGGGUGCCUUGGCGCUGGAGACGGCGCUGGCCGGAAGCGAGCGGGCGCUGCGAUCGCGCGUGGCGCGCAUGGCCCAGGCGGUCGCCCUCGCGCACCACUGGGAGACCUUCCCGCGCGAGCCGCUGCGGCCGGCCAGGCCCUUCCUCUGCGCGGCGGCGCUCCGCAUCGGCGAGGGCGGCGAGGCGGAGGCGCUGCGCAUCGAG